UCUCAGAGCGUCCCUCUUUCUCUCUCUCUCUCAAGAAUUUGGAGAAUUUAUCGAAUUAGGAGGCACAAACGUGCAAUGGAUCACCACUCACUUGGUGCAAUGGAUCAACACCACUCACUCAAAUUUACUGCGAUGUCCGAAGUCAUCGAUAAAGCACAUACGGAUGCCUCAAACCAUGAGAUGAUCAACAUCAUCAGUGUAGAGCACCAUAGAGUGGUGGUCGCUGAGAUGGUGGAUAGGUUAACAAGUGCAUGCUGGGACAAGUGCAUCACCAGUACCACGCUUGGGAGCAAGUUAAGUUCCAGUGAAACAGCUUGCCUCUCAAAAUGUGUCCGGCGCUACAGGGAUUUGGGUUUAAUUGUGGAGAAGCAUUUACCGUACGACCAACCAGAGUUACUACCCAAUGGGAAGAUGUGAACCAGUUUCGCUGCUUCUGGUGUUCGUUAUGUAUCAGUUGAAAAAUGUUCUGUAAUUUGCAAACAGAGUUUCCCCCAUCUUCAUUUUCAACUUGGAACUACUGUAUUAGAUGUUUUUACAGCACCGGCAGUGUCACCUAAAAGUAAUUUCAUCAAA